AUGUUACUAUUUAUUAUCAUUUUUAUUUAUUCUAUAAACUAUUUCAUUUUAUAUACAAAUGAAUCAUUUAUUAUUAUUGAUGAUGGUAUAUUACGUAAUUUUUGUCAGGCUAAUGAUGUAUGUAAUCAAUUGAAUACAAUUCAUGAAAAAUAUUUUUUAAUGGGUUUAAAUUAUCCACAAUGGUUACCAGGUAAAAAUUAUACAAAUAAAAUAUUUUGGACAAGUAUUGUAUAUUUAUUACCGGAAAUAAUUAAAACACCCAAUACUAAAAUGAUAUUACGUGAUGCCAACCCUAACCCUAACAGUAAUAAUAAUAAUAAUAAUACAACUAUAAUAGUAGAUAAACAAUCCUUAAUCAGUCCAUCUGGUAUUUUACAUUUUACAAAUACAAUUAAAUUACAAUCCAAUUUAUUAACAAACAAAAAAAAUUAUUCUAUUGUAUGUGAAUUAUCAUUAAAAGGUAUACAAAUGAUGACAAGAUUUAAAUAUCAAUCAUUUACAAAAUUAUUCAAUUUUAAUUAUUUAAAUAAUAAUCCAAAAUUUGAUUCUUGUUAUAAUCAAAUUCGAGCGGCUAGUUUAAAUGAAUGUUUAUACAAGUGUUCCAUGACGGAAGAAUGUCGAAUGAUUUAUUAUUCUAAAGAAAAACAUGUCUGUGUUCAAAUGUUACAUGUUUAUGCUUUAUUACCAACAUUAUUUUCACGUUAUUCUAUUGCUUGGGAAAGUUAUAUCAAACAAAUUGUUUAAUAUUGUUUUAUUUCACUUGAUGUUGUUUAAUUGUAUCUUCCCAUUGUUAGGACGAAACGCCCGUCCUGGAUU